AUGGCUCCGCGUCGUCAUAACAUCGGUGCUAGCCGACGAAGGAGGAGGGACGAGGAUGGCGAGGAUGAAGGCUCGAUAGAUGGAGAAUUGGAGGACGAUUCCUUGAGCGAAGGAUCGGGCGUCAGUCAUCAAGAAGAUGACGAUGCUGAUGGUGAGGGAAGUGAUGAGAGCGAUGAUGAGUUGUUUAUUUCCCCGCAAGGGGAUCACACAAAUGGGCAUCGUAUCAACGGUCGUGUGCCCGAAGCAAGUCGGCAGCCGGGUAGAUACCAUUCUGCAUCCCCCGGGAAACGGGCUACAUUCAACGCCAUUUCCGACACGGAGGCCAUGAUGAAUGGGAUGAAGAUCUCUAGUGAUGCAAGUGAGAUGGCCGAGAUCCAUUUUAAUCAGAUGAAGGGAGAGUCCAGCCAACAGACUGGGAGGACACCGUCCGCACCGCCUACGGAACCUAGCAGAGAAACAUUUGCGGAGAGGAAACGCCGUGAACAUGAAAAAUACUCAAAGGAAAGGGAUGAAAAUCCAGCGUUCGUGCCCACUCGGGGAAGCUUCUUCCUUCACGACAAGCGUUCUACGGAGUCCAUGACAAACGGUUACAAGCCAUUCAACAAGUCCAAAUCAAGGCCCUAUGGUCUGAUUGUGGAUGGGAAUGUGCGCAGGCCGCCCUUAAAGCCAGCUGCUAGCGAAGGCCAGUGGACACAUGAUCUUCACGAUACGGUUGCUGGCGACGAUCAUCUUGUUUCUAGAUUCCCUGCUACGCAGUCAUCUAUACCCAGCAACCCUCCCAAGGCUGUCCCCACAGCUCCUAGGUCGUCACCUCCUAACCGAUCCUUUUCGAGUACUACAUUGAUUGGGAAUGUACCUGUUGUGGUAUUCUUGCCGGGAAUGACCCGCUCAAUUUCUUAUCCCGCGGUUUCUAAGAGGCAGCAUACUCGUCUACCCCAGCACCGGCCUCCUUUACGUCGAGACAAACCUGUUCGAAUUUCGCUCCCAGGACAACAAGCAAGGUAUAUAUUUCCCGCGACGGAGAGGUCGUUCAUAUUUAUCCCACGAGCAUUGCGACCAAAUCAGCAAGCUUUUCGUGGUCGCGGUCGUGGCGGAUUCUACGGAGGACGACGUCCUAGUAUCUAUAGCGGCUCUACCUACACACCAAGUGUCUCCAUGAGCCGACGAUCAUCAGUCGGAAAAGCGGCAUCGCAGGACGAGUACCACUCACCAGCCGGCUCGGUUCUAUCAAGGCAAGCUAUAUUUACGACAGAGAAAGGCAAGCCGGUAGUUCGCCUUCCUCCCCCCAGACCUCCUGGGGGUAUGCCACCUGCAACUGUCGGCGCAGUUCCCGCUCCAGCCGUGCCACCACCUCUUUCUCACUCACAAUCUUUGAACCCCGCGUAUCGCGAGAGCCGUCCGGCUCCGAUACCUAUGCAUCAGCCUCGCCCCCAGAAGGCAGUAUCCGUUGCCGACAUUGAAACACCAGCCAGCUUUCCCUUUAACCCCCCUCAGCCACAGCAGGAACAGCCAUUCCAUCACCAGGUGCCUAUGCCUGCUCAUGGCCCCAUAUAUGCUCCAGACACUUCUGGUCCUCUCCCAUCUGCCCACCCCUCCCUGACACCGUUGUCCCAAAUACCUGAACGUGCGAUCCACGCUCAACCCUUCCAGCCGUAUGGGUUCCAACAACCCCAGGCCUUCUACCCGGCCACUUAUCCUGCUGGCACCGUCUUUUACCCGGGUUCGGGGGCUGAGUACCCACCGUAUAAUGCUGCUGCGGGACCUGGAACAUCUAUGCCACCCUUCCCUCCUGGACAGCAACCCCAGUAUAUGGUACCUGGUGCUCAUACAUCACCGGAACAAUCGUCGCAAGCAGGAACUGUUGCACACGAAGCGGGUGGAACGGUCUAUUUUUACGAUGCUACGCAGAUGUACCCGAACGCAUCUUUUCCAAUGCCAGGUGCUCCCGGUCCUGGCGGAGUUGUUGGUAUGGGUGGCAUGAUGACGCCCCCAGGCACAACUUAUUACUAUCCUCAGCCCCAAGGAGAGAUGUAUUACGCAUCUCAGUGA